UGUACAGUUCACUUCAAACUCGGUGGUUCAGCCCCAAAGACAAGUUAGAUUGGGUGGUCCCGAAGAUUGGGGGACGCAGUACGUUGCAUCGCGUCGAAGUGGAAUAAUAACUAGGUUGGACAAAGCCCUGACACCCCCUCUCUGGGUGUUAGUAGUAACCGAGCUCCAGCUGAUUUGCUUUGAGUCCAGUGAGGACACUUGGAUGGUCAAUUAAUCCAAACUGAGCAGUUUAGGACUAUUCGGAUUCUUGUGGCCGCUCGUGUCGGCAAAGCCAUCCACCUUCUUUGUCCAAUUUGACCGAGGACUAUUUAUAGAAGCGGAUAUUUUCUACUUUGAGUUGGCUGAAGAUCCUUUACAACGACAAGGCCCCUGUCUCAUCCCCAGCCUCGCGUACCCUUUAUCGUUUUAUUGAAGUCAUGGGGGAUACUGGUAGUGAGCGCAGCAAACCUUUACCACCUCGGUGUCCCUGUGGAUUUUGGGGGUCCAGUAAAACCAUGAAUCUCUGCUCAAAAUGUUUUGCUGACGUAGAGCAAAAGCAAACAGACAAGGACUGUGCCCCAAAGUCCAGCCCGAGCACCGGGAACAACCAAUCGGCCGUCUUCAGUAGCGAGACGAGUAGCAGUAGCAGCAACAGUAGCCAAUCCAUUUUGUCAUCACCACCCACUAGCUCCGAUCAGCCAUCGGCGUCAACCGAAGACCCCGCCCCCACGCUGUCCACCGCACAGGAGGGGCUAUCACCAUGCACAGAAACAGCUCACAGCACCCUCUGCACGCCCACAAAACGUCCUUGCGAAUCAGCUUCCGGGUCAGAGAGCGAGGCGUCGCCCGAGAAACGGCCACGGCAGGACUCUGAGGAGAGGGAGGCGCCGAGCAAGGAGCCCAGCCGAGGGCCCAAGCAAAAAAACCGCCGGCGCUGCUAUCGUUGCCAAACCAAACUGGAGCUCGUACAGCAGGAACUUGGCUCCUGUCGCUGCGGCUACGUGUUCUGCAUGCUCCACCGUCUACCUGAGCAGCACGACUGCCUGUUCGACCACCAGGGGCGCGGGCGCGAGGAGGCCGUCCUCAAGAUGGUGAAGCUGGACCGCAAGGUGGGCCGCUCGUGCCAACGCAUUGGAGAGGAAUGCUCCUGAGGUGCUGCCGCCCCCCCCACCCCGCCCGCCCGACCCCC